AUGCUCAGCAGGGAAACGUCCUACGGGUUCCCAGUGUCAGGCCCUUCGACACUUAAAUACAGCCAUGGUCACUCAGAAUCUGGCAGUGGCGGUUUCCAAGGUGGAAGCGCGGACUCAUUAGCGCGUCCCCGUCCGAGCCUAUACAGUGGCACACCUGGAACCCAUGUUGACCAGGAAGAAGAAGAAGAAGACGAUUACUUUGACUCGGAGAGCGAUGAUCCAGAUCCAGAUAGGUUUGUCAACUUCAGCUUACUAUCGCACUUGGCCGUCCGCUUGCGUGACAAGGUGCCUCGCGGUACACACGUAAAAAGCAGCAUCCCUUACCCUCGUGCAUUUACGGGCAAGGACAUCGUCUCCACCAUUCAGAGCCAAAUCCAACGGGAACUACUGAUCAAUCAUGGUGUUUCCACCACCGACCGUCGUGCUGCCCUUCAGGUCGCUCGGAGUCUACAGCAGCAAUUAUUUUUUUACGAGGUUGAGUGGGGUCAGAAGCUGCUGCAAGAUGGCGUCGAGGACGUGUAUAUGUUCCUGGACGAUCUCGAGGGUAAUUCUGAGGCUCAGCGAGAGAGGGAAGAACUGCCAACAGCCGUAAUCACUUCACUCACUCGGUGCUAUGCGUCGAGUUGCAGUGAGGACGACCCAUGUUAUUCGUUUGCUUGUCCUCGUCGACAAGCUAGUCGAAUCGUUGAUUUGGGUCCCGUAUCCGAGCCAGAUGUACACCAUCAAACGGAAGACUGGUUGAGCACGGUUGAUCCCGCCAUCCUUCAUACUCUGCCCGAGAGUGAAGUUCACCGUCAAACCAUCAUCUAUAAAACCAUCACUCAGGAGGAGCAAUAUGUCCAAGACCUGGACACGGUGGAGGCGCUGUUCAUCCGGCCACUGCUGAAAGCACAUCCUCCUGUCAUGCCGCUCAACAAGCUAGAUGAGUUUAUUGAGGAGGUUUUCGGAAACAUACUGGAUCUUCGGGAAUGCAACAGGCGACUGGUGGAAGCCAUGUAUGUUCGGCAGCGUGAGCAAGCGCCAAUCAUCCAAAGGAUCGGUGAUGUCUUCUUGGAGGCCGCGAGAGAAUUCCGGUUCGCAUAUCCAACAUACGUUGGACAUCUGCCUCUUGCAGAAAAGCGCUUCAAGGACGAGAUCGAGUCAAACGCAGACCUUCGGUUGUUCCUUGAGGAGUGCUCGCGACAAUCCAAGCAGCAGGAGGCUCGUCGGCUGGACUUGAAACACUUCCUGUCGCGACCAUCUGAACAUCUGCAGAAGUACCCCAUCGCGCUGGAGGCGAUAAUGAAGGAGACGACUGAAGGCAACCCGGACGCGUACUACCUUGCAGAAGCCAUCGAGGCCAUCAGGAAUCUUCAGAACGUUGCACAGCUCCGGACAUUCCAGACUGCGAUGUGCAAAGGUCCGACUGGGAAAUGGGAAUGGCACGAUAUUGUAUCCAAGGACAUUCGAGAGAGCCUCAGCAAGGCUGAGGCCAAGCGCCAGUCCAUUAUCUUUGAACUGAUCAAAGGUGAAAUGGCGUACGUAAGGGACCUAGAAAAUAUCGAGACGAUUUACAUCCAGGCCCUGCGAGAAAUAGAUCCUCCGGUCAUUGCUCGUGACAGGCUGAACAGUUUCAUCAGCGAUGUCUUCCACAACUUUGCUGAGCUCCACUCGCAUCAUCGGAAGCUGCUGGACCAGCUGCAUGAGAUACAGCGCGAGGAACAUCCAACGAUCAGGAGUAUCACAGCACCUAUGUUUGAUGCUGCUCUGAACUUCAGGGAUGCAUAUAUGGAGUACAUCCCGAACUACCCUAUCGCUGCCUAUCGUAUUGACGAUGAGAUGGCGAACAACACGGAGUUCAAGGCGUUUGUUGACCAAUGUAUACGGCAUCCAGAUGCUCACCGACUGGACAUGAAGAGUUUCAUUAAUCGUCCUAUCCCUCGAUUGUUGCGGUACGAACUGCUCUUGAAGGGCAUAAUGGACGAGACACCCGCUGGCCAUGAGGAUCGUGAAGCGAUCCCUCAGGUCUUGGAAAUCAUAAAAGCUUUGGGCAAGGAGACGGAGCCAGGAGUUCAAUCAGCGAAACAGAAAGUUCAGCUCUGGUGCUAUAACUCGAAUUUGCAGUUCAAACCCAACGAGUUUGUUGACAUGGACCUGUUGAAUGAAAAUCGCUCUCUUAUUCAUGCUGGCAAGCUGUUGAGACAGCCCGACACUGGUUUUGAAUGGAACGGAUGGACUGAGCUUUUCGUCUUGCUGUUUGAUAAUUACUUGGUCAUGACCAAAACAAAAGAGAAAGACGGCCUGACAAAAUAUAACGUUAACCGGAGACCCAUACCCCUUGAUCUUCUUACUCUGGCCAACUUCACAGAUCCCCCGACGCAACGCAGCACAAGCAUUCUGCGUCUCGGCCUCGGCGGAGGGAACAAGCACGUGGAAGGUGGACCCUCUCCAGGAAGCGGCGCUCCCGAUGCCGCUGGCGAUUCACGCCUUGUAUAUCCUUGUACCAUUCACUAUAACGGCAGGCUUGGUGGCUUGUACACCGUAUUUACAGAGUCUCAGCAGGCGCGAGCGGAGUGGAAGCAGAAGCUGGACGAGGCCAUCGGUUUGCGAAAGGUUGUUCAAGAGUCGAACAAAGUCUUCGAGCUGGAGCCGCUCAGCACAGACACCUUCCUCGUGCCAUCCAUAGCUUCAGCCGCUGUACCAUCUUGGAACCACGAAAAUUCCCUCACUGGCAAGGUUACCUGCUCUGUUCCCUUUACUACUGCUGAUGGACGAGCAUUGGUGGCUAUCGGUUGUGCCGAGGGUGUUUGGAUAGGCUUUAGGCAUGAUUCAAGAUCGAUGCGCCGCGUAUUGCAUCUGAAGAUGGUGACGCAGUGUGCGAUGCUCGAAGAUUUCGGGAUGUUCCUCGUGCUUGCAGACAAGGCUCUCUUUGCAUACCACAUCGAAGCUCUCGUUCCAUCGUCGCCGCAGAGUGCUCAUACAUCUCAGACACCACAGAGGGUAAACGGGACCAGAGAUGUUCACUUCUUUAGUGUCGGCAACCAAGGUGGACGAACACUGGUUGUUUACAUGAAGAAGAAAGGGCUCGACAGCGUCUUCCGUGUCUUGGAACCAGUAGUGGAAAAAAUCAAUGAGAGGAGCAAGGCGCCCGCGUCAUUCACUUCUCGUUUUGGUAUACGACCUGCACGUUCAGAGUGGUUCCGAUUGUACAGGGAGUUCUUCUUGCCCUCGGAAUCUUUCGACCUGGUCUUCCUCAAAGCAAAGAUCGCGAUUCUUUGCACCAAAGGCUUCGAAAUCAUGGAUCUAACCGAUUUCAAGAGCGUCACUAUUCCACAGCGUGACGACGGUUAUGAAAGGUUGGCAAAACGCUGUGAAUCUUGCCGGCCAAUGGGGAUGUUCCGAGUGGAAAAUGAAUUCCUUUUGUGCUACGACGAAUUCGGUAUCUACGUCAACAAACAUGGCGCACCUAGUCGCAACACAGGCACCAUUGAGUGGGAGGGCACGGCUGAGCGUGUGGCGAUGCACUGGCCUUAUAUCCUUCUCUUCGACUCCCGCUUCAUUGAAGUCAGGCACAUAUCGACAGGCCUGCUCGCACAGAUCAUUCCCGGGAACGAAAUACGCUGUAUUUGGGACGGUCGUGGCACCUGCGCCCCUCCAUCCACUGGUUCGGAAGGCUUCCAUCAACCUAUGAACCUUGACCCUCGGAUACACUGCGUCAUGGCUGCGCCAGAGCCCGUUCAACUCGGCCUGAUAGGGCGUCCUCGCACAGUGGCCCAGCACGUAUUUGAGCUGACACCAACCAUGCUGCUCUGUCCUCCUGGUGCGCCCGGUGCACCUGGCGCGCCAGUGUCACCCAACAAUUCGACAUACUUCCAACAGCAACCCGUUUCCCCACCGCAGUCUCCGAACCUCCUCCCAAUGACAUCCCGGAGAUGA